AUGGACGCUCCAAGAGAUGAACAGCGUGGUGUGGUCAGGUUUUUGACUGCUGAAGGUGUUUCCCAACACGAAAUUAGUCGCCGUAUGGCUGCCGUGUACGGUGAACAUUGCAUUUCAUUGGCCACUGUGAAGCGUUGGUGCAAACGGUUCAAAGAAGGACGUGAAAGUUGCAAAGACGAUCCAAGACCGGGCCAAAGCCACCGUGCAAUCACCCCCAACACAAUUGCACAGGUUGAUGAGCUGAUUAGACAAGAACGGAGGAUAAGCAUCGAUGAACUGGCAGAGCAUGUGAACAUCAGUCACGGUUCGGUUCACACCAUAAUUCAUGACCAUCUCGGUUAUCGGCUCUUGUGUGCUGAAUGGAUGCCCAAGAUUUUGAACGACCGCCAGAAGACAGAGAGGUUCGGCGCUGCCUUGACUCAUCUGAUCCGGUAUCACAAUGAGGGUAACGACUUCUUGACUGCAAUUGUGACAGGGGACGAAUCAUGGUGCCACCACUACAAGCCUGAAACACGCCGGCAGAGCUUACAGUGGAAACAUUUGAAUUCGCCACCCCCAAAGAAAGCAAAGGCCGUCAUCUCCGCAGGUAAGGUGCUGUUGACUUUUUUUUUCGAUCGUCAGGGGCCAUUACUGAUCGAAUUUGCUAAACCUAGAGAGACUAUCAAUAGUGCCCGAUAUUGCGAAACGCUGGAUCGCCUGCGUGUCUCUAUCAAGAACAAACGACCCGGAAGAUUGACGAAUGGGGUCAUCUUGCUGCAUGACAAUGCCCGUCCCCACGUCGCUGAUGUGGUUAAGACAAAACUGGCGAAGUUCAAGUGGGAAACGCUGCAUCAUCCGCCCUACAGCCCCGACCUGUCGCCUUGCGACUUUCACAUUUUCGGGCAAUUGAAAAAACACCUAAAGGGAACCAGAUUCGUGUCGGACGAUGCCGUGAAGGAGUCAGUUUCAGAAUUUUUGAAGCAGCAACCCAAGGAGUUUUAUGAGAAUGGAAUCACGCGACUCGUUAGUCAAUGGGACAAAUGUUUAAAUGCCCAUGGUGAUUACUUUUAA